AAAACAAUUGGAAAUACUAUUUAGAGAUGUGCAUGCUCUUGUGAAAAAUAACCGCCCAUUAUCAGACAUUUAAUGGAUGACAGGGUUGGACAAGGCAAAGGGGAUAGACUGCGGUGAAACAUAUGCCAAUAGAAAAUCAGGAACUGUAUUUCUAGAAUAUAUUGCCUUGCAUGAAAGCAACAAAGUGUCAGACUUAGUUAAAACCGCCAAGUUUUAUAGUCUGAGUAUGGAUGGUAGUACAGAUAGAACUGCGUUGAACAGGAAACUUUGUUCGCAUUUGUAUUCAAGGAAAAUUGGAAACAAAAUUCUUGUGUAUUGGUGAACCAAAAUCCAGGGCGUCAGUUGACCUUCAUGCCUUUGUGUUAGAAAAAAUUCAAAGAUAUUAUCUCCAUUCAACCGACCUAGUCGGCUUUGGAUGCGAUGGAGCGGCAAAUAUGGUAAACAAUUUGUUUAUAAUUUAAAAAGUUAUUCUUAGUACACAUUCUUUAUUUCUUAUAGUAUGGUGAAUGAUGUGACAGGAUAGCAUUCAUGAAUUCCCUGCUGUUAUAUUUGCAGUUAAAUUUACUCAGCUCUUUUUCUUUCUUAGAUGGGUAAGAAGGGAGGUUUGGUUACCCUGCUUAGGAAAGACACCCCUGAAAUAAUUGCUGUUCACUGUCAUGCGCACAAGCUCGAACUAGCGUUCAAAGAUGUGAUGAAGGCUGAUACCAUGUAUGCUAGACUGACUACUCUUUUGCUGGGGAUAUACUAUUUCUACAAACGCAGUCAUAAGCAGCGCAAGUGCCUUAAGAGCACAUUUAAGGUAAACAACAAAUACAUGCAUGGUUCUUUUACAGUAAUUGAUGCUUCAAAUCUUGCAAUUGAUUCUCCAUUUCACUCUAUUGUGUUAAGGUAAUGGAAAUUAAAGGAACCAUGCCUCAUCGCGUAUCUGGAAGUAGAUGGAUGCCCCAUAUGCAAAGAGCACUCACCACAUUAUUCAGAGGCUUUCCAGCAUAUCUCGUGCACCUGCAGAAUGAAUCCCACAAAAAUGCUAAAGUUGAUGAAAGUUACACUAGCAGAUGUUCAUCUGAUGGCCGAAGCUACAAUUCCAUUGCUGAAUUCACUUAAAUACCAUAAAAGUGAGAUACAUGUACUGGUGCAGAUUGAGGGCUGUAAGGAACUAUCUGGGAUAUCAUUGACAGUGCAAGGCAGGCCUUUAAACAGCACUAUUGUCCUAGAGAAGCUGAUUGACAAGAUCACACAAGCAAUAAAGUCCAGAUUCAGUGAUUUAAAUGAUGUACAGUUCACAGAAGUUUCAAAUUUCAGCAACUGGCCUGUUGUGUUGAAGGGUAAUUAUAAAAAUAUUUUGGACAUUUCAUCAUCUUACUUUAAAUAA